CCCAGGGGCACGAUGGCCGCCGCUCAUUUCCUUCAUUUGUCACCCAUUGAACUCCAUCGUGCUACAAGCCAGCUGACGCUCCAACAUCCCAGCGGUAUGGAUAAGUACAAUGUGCUGCGUUACCGCCAGAUGGGGUCUGCAGGGCUUGCCCCGCACAUACACGGCAACGGGCACCUGUCAAACUGGCUCUCUUCCAUUGUCAAUGCCCUGCUUCGUUUGGCCCGGAUAACGCAUCACAUUCAGAACAAAUCUGACCGAAUGGCAGCAGCAGGCCACCUUAAAAACCUCGCCGCCCGGUCUCCUAGGUCUGCAAAUGCCUUCCCGCGAUAAACUUGGCAAGGCAGCGUGAGAGGCGGUAACGGCAUGGAAGAGAACAUCGUAAGUUGCACCUCAUCAUUUCGUACUAAUGGUCAUCUAGAAGAAAACGGCAAGACAGAAGCGGCGGCUCCAAGUAUCGAGCGAGGAUGAGCAAAUGGAUGAGGAUAGGGCGUACAGCGGGCCAGACGGGGAAGGGCUCCCCAUCAAACGCACCCGUCAAGAGGAGGAGAAAAUCAUGACCGACAAGAGCGCCGGGCCCAACAAGAAGAAGCGUGCCUCUGGACUGAUCGCAUCGAGGAGGAAGGCGAUGACUACUGGUGGUCGACAAUCGGCACCCGCCCAGCUGCCGGUUCAAGACGACUCUGCGGGAUCGAGAGAGGCAUCGGCGAGUGAGUAUGAGGAGAGCGAGGUAAGGGGAAGGGGAAGGGGAAGGGGAAGGCAAAGCCAACCCCUCGUGUCGUGAAGAGCGGCCCAGAGCCCGGCACAGACGAAUUCUUCCAGCGCUCUGUUCAGCGCGAGCUCCUCCAUCUCCUACGGCAUUUCGUCGACACCAACCAUGCGUACCGGCGCAUUCAGGUCGCCAUGCUCACGAAAAUGCCGGGCGAAGUCCCUCUCUCCUUCCCCCAUCGCUUCGAGCCUGUGUUCUUCAAGGACACGAACAGCAAGGGCGACACCCUCGACAGGCAGCUCAAUAAGUGGCUGAAGAGGAUGAGCCCAACGCGGAGGAGGAUCAGGAGGAUGACCCCGAAUGACGGUCGCCCAAAUAUUAAUAUAUUACUACCUAGCUUAGUAAACAAAUAGAGACUGUGAACACG